CACCAUCCAACACCAAAUCACCACUAAUCGCCCAGUAAAUUUCGAAUUCUCGAGCGCGCGCCCCGCCAAACACGCACCCCCGACUGACGAACGUGGCCUUAUUUACGAACAGCGAACCGACGUCUGCAUCCUAGACUCCCGUGUCCACUUAUUGCUCACCGUCAACGGCAGAGGCCAUUUUACACAAACGCACGCACACGCGUACACUAUCUCACUCACUCUCACUCACUCUCGCUCUCGCGCGUCCGAGUCCCAACAUCGCACGCUACGCCUAGAAUCGCAUCGCGCGCCAUGCCGGCGACAAAUGUCCCUAGCCAGUGAGCCUACUGUUAUGGGGAAUUUUACGCGUCCAUCACAAGCUCGUCCUGGGGCCUUUUCAGUUGUCGGCCAACAAGUUUGAGAUUUUGAAUGGGCUGUUUGAUCGAAUGAUCGCCGUCGCUUGGCGCCUUCACCACCCGCUGGGACAGCCCUAAUCUCUCCGGCCCUAUCGUACUGUAGUAAAUCAUCUUAACUUUGGAGAGAGCGAUUGCUCGGGCGCGCGAUUAUGGCUUCCGUCGACCUUUCCGAAGCCGGAGCAGCGGCUUUUGAGAAGAAGCGGUCAAAAGCGAAGAGCAUCAACGGGGCCAAUACCGAGGACGUUCAAAGCAAAAAAGAGAAACAGGAUAUUAUUACGCACAAUUUCGAAAGUGAUGUGAUUAAAGGUGAACCGAUAAUCGAGCUGAUGCGGGUAUGUCGAGAUUUUCGUAAGACGGACGCGGAAUUAAUAGCCAAGCAGCAAGAUUACAAGUCUCAAAAGGAGGAAAUCAAUCAAGACUGGCAGAAUCUACGUGAAAAUGAGAUACUAUUGCGGGGAUCUUUUAUCAGAUACGAUGAAUUUAUCAAGGAGAAUUACGAAAAGCGCGAAAGGGCUGAACGCAUGAUUAAGGACCAAAAGGAGCUGCAAAAAAUUAGGAAUACCGAGAUUGUAGAGCUGGAGAAUACUUUAGAGAGCUUAGAAACCAUACGUUACAAAAUGCAGAAUUACGUGGAAAAAUAUAAAUCUUUCCAACAAUAUAUGGAGACUGUGCUAAAGACAAGCGAAUUUACUUCAAUCGCUGAAAUAUUUAACCGUUAUGAAACACUUAUUGAUAUUAGAGAAACAAUUGAAAAAAAUCAAAGCAGAAAAUUACAUGCGUUGGGAAGCAGCCACAUUCAAUUGCAACAAUUAAUGCAGGAGAAGUCACAAAGUAUGAUGAACCUCAAUAGCCAGUUGGCUAUUCUUCAAAUUAGACAUAGACGUGCCCGGGCAAAUGCGUUACACUGGGAGAUGCUGCUGACACGCAUCAAGCAGUUAAUAAAGCGCAAAGAACUCGAAGAGGCGCAGAUACGCGCUUGUAUUUGGAAUCUCUACCGACAAGUCUGCAAACGUAAGGGUAUACCCGCGGAUGCAACGCAGAAUGACCUCGAGCAGCAAAUGCUCAUCAUUAAGCGCACGAUAAUCGAGCUGAGGAAGAUUUUGUACGAGACGAAGCGUAGGGUCGAUCGCGACAAGAAGGUCGUGGUGAAAUGGAGGUGUAUGGCGGAGAACUCGUGAAUGGUCGAGUGCGAGGGGACCAAGGGCAUCGCCAAGAACAGCAUCUGCGUGCAGCAUCAAGAAUAAGUGACCUGCCCCGACGAUGUUGGCUCCGCGUCC